GAUAGUGUCUCAAUACAGUUGCACCUUGUGUCUUUAUGUAACAAGAGAUACGCUUUUCUUUUUUCCUGAAACUGUCUUAGGCUUAAUGGCAGGGAUUAUCACUUUUAACACACUAUCCUAGCAAGUCACAUUCUCAUCCCCGAAGAUCAUACUCCUUUUGGUCAGCGCCAAGAAUCGCGACCUCUGGGGCUGGUCCAACACCAGAAGUCGAUGUCCGGCCAGAGGUUGCAUUUCUCGGUGCUGACCAAAAGGAGCGCGGCCUCUGGGGACGAAAAUGGGCAAGCCACUGACUGGGUGUUACUUGGUUUGAUUUCUGAACUUCUGUUGCAGAUAAAAAAGAUAAUACAAGUGUUGCUAAUGGAAAAGUUAAAGAGGAGCCGCAGGAAGAUGAUGAUACUGACCCACUGGAUGCUUUUAUGGCUGAUGUGAACAAAGAGGUGAAGAAAGUAAAUGCGCUGGAUCAGAAGAAGAGAGUCGGCAAAGCUGGGAAGGCAACAGUGAUACAUCAUGUCGUCACCAAAACCAAAAAGAGGGAUCCAACCAAAGGUGAAUUGAUGGAAAAUGAUCAAGAUGCAAUGGAGUAUUCGUCAGAGGAAGAUGUGGAAGAGGAGACAAUCGAGUCAACUUAUGCACACUUUAAAACCAAGAAGAAGAAG